GAGACUACAUCUGCCGGAAGGGGGACAUUGGAAAGGCGAUGUACAUCAUCAAGGAGGGAAAACUGGCUGUGGUGGCAGAUGAUGGCGUGACUCAGUAUGCCUUGCUGGCAGCAGGCUGCUGCUUUGGAGAGAUCAGCAUCCUCAACAUCAAAGGGAACAAGAUGGGGAACAGGCGGACGGCCAAUAUCCGGAGCAUCGGCUACUCAGACCUCUUUUGCCUGUCAAAGGAGGACCUCAUGGAAACACUAAUUGACUAUCCAGAGGCCAAAAAACUCCUAGAGGAACGGGGCCGAGAGUUCCUAAUUAAUGAGGGAUUGCUGGAUGAAGAAAUAGCAGCAGAAAGCACAGAGGACAUGGAUGUGGGCCAGAAGCUGGACUGGAUAAGUAGCAACCUGGAGACUUUCAAUACGCAUUUCUCCCUUUUUUUGGAAGAGUAUCAUGCUGAUCAGACAAGGCUCCAGCAGUGUUUCUCCUUCUUGGAGACCCAGAAGAAGUAGGAAGUAGGAAAAAAGGAACAGAAGCAGGAGCUUUUGUCUGGUGGCUCCAGUCCCCCAGGGUGAAAGACAAAAACCAAACCCCAAGACAGGCUUCUGGUUCCAGCUGGUUGUAGUGGAAGCCUUUCUCCCUUGCUGCCUCCCUUUGUUUUGUUUUGGUUUGGUUUGGUUUUUAAAUCUAACUUUUAAAAAUCAUUUUAACAUGGAUAGGCUUUUAAUUGGGGUUGUUGACUUUUUUUCUUUGCUUUUUUUAUUUUCAGUUUUUGAUCUAGCACCUUUUAAAGAAGAGAUCUGUGGAUAACAGAAGCCAGAGACCUUACUCUCUGGACUGUAUUAAAUUGGCUUUUCCUGGCUACCUCAUGAGUCAAACUAUGUGGGUGCUAUCUGGGUCUAUGGAGAUAAAGGCCAA